AUGGCAAGUGCUGAAGGCUUGCAUUUGACACUUGUUUUCUUCAACGCUUUCUUGUCUUUCACCGCCAUCGUAUUAAACAUCAUAACCAUGCAAGCGCUCAGAAAAACGUCGUCGUUGCCUAAGACUUUAAAAACAUUGCUACUAAGCCUGGCUGUGUCUGAUCUGGGUGUAGGCUUACUUGUCGAACCACUGUUUGUUGCAUUUCUUGUGAUAGAAAAAAACAGUACUGCUUAUUCUACAGUAAAGUUAGCACGUUCAAUCCCGGCAAAAAUAUUGGUCUUUGCUUCGCAUUUUGGUGUUUUUGCAUUAGCUGUGGACAGAUUCUUGGCCAUUCAGCUUCAUCUCCGAUAUCAAGAGCUUGUGACCCACAAACGUGUUGUUGCUGUUGUGAUCUCACUCUGGGUGUUUAGUGCAUCAAUUUCCUUCCGAAGCCCUCGUAUUAUGCGAGCGGUCAUUGCACUUGUUUGA